CACCACCUCUCAGUCUCACUCUUCACUCACUCGUUCACAGUCGAGGAAUGUACCACGCCCCUCUCGGUUCCCCGCUUGGCUAGCUUCCAAAGUGCUCGAGCUAUGGAGGGAGAGGAGCCGUCGUCGACGCGUCUCGUGGUCGCUGCAGCAGUGCUGCUCCUGCUCAUCGCGCCGCCCGUCUCCCCGCUCUCGGACGAAGGGAUAGCACUGUUGUCGCUCAAGGCUUCCUUCAGCAACGUGGCCAACAUGCUCUUGGACUGGACCCCCGCCGGCGCCGGCGCCGGAGCCGCAGCCGGAGGUGGCAGUGCCAACGCCACCGGCGACGCGGACGACCACUGCUCCUGGAGAGGCGUGCUCUGCGACAACCUCACCUCAGCCGUCAUCGCCUUAAACCUGUCGAACCUCAACCUCGGUGGAGAGAUCUCGCCCGCAGUUGGGGAGCUCAAGAACUUGCAAUCCAUUGAUUUGAAGGGGAAUCAGCUCACAGGGCAAAUCCCAGAUGAGAUUGGGGACUGUGUAGCUCUAAAAUACUUGGAUUUGUCUGGAAACGCUCUGUAUGGGGACAUUCCAUUUUUGUUAUCGAAGCUCAAGCAGCUCGAGGAAUUGAACUUGAAGAACAACAAGCUGACAGGGCCCAUUCCCUCAACACUAUCCCAAAUUCCAAACCUCAAAACCCUGGAUUUAGCCCAGAAUCAGCUCACUGGAGAAAUUCCUCGGCUCAUCUACUGGAAUGAAGUGCUACAGUAUCUAGGCUUGCGUGGUAACUCGCUAACCGGUAACUUGUCUCCUGAUAUGUGCCAAUUGACUGGCCUGUGGUACUUUGAUGUUCGAGGAAAUAAUCUUACUGGGACUAUUCCAGAGAGCAUAGGCAACUGUACCAGCUUUGAGAUACUGGAUAUAUCAUACAACCAAAUCACAGGGGAGAUUCCUUAUAAUAUUGGCUUUCUACAAGUAGCUACACUCUCACUUCAAGGGAACAGACUAAUCGGAAAAAUUCCAGAUGUGAUUGGGCUGAUGCAGGCCCUUGCAGUUCUUGAUUUAAGUGAAAAUGAACUGGUUGGGACCAUUCCACCCAUACUUGGCAAUCUUUCAUACACUGGGAAGCUGUAUUUGCAUGGCAACAAGCUGACUGGACCAAUCCCUCCCGAGUUGGGGAACAUGACAAAGCUUAGCUAUCUGCAGCUGAAUGAUAACCAACUAGUAGGUAGUAUUCCAGAGGAGCUAGGAAAACUUGAAGAGCUGUUUGAACUGAAUCUUGCCAAUAACUGCCUUGAGGGUCCUAUUCCUCGAAACAUCAGUUCUUGCACUGCACUGAAUAAAUUCAAUGUUUGCGGUAACCGAUUAAAUGGUUCCAUACCUCUAGAGUUUCAGAAGCUCGAGAGUCUGACCUAUCUAAAUUUCUCUUUGAACAAUUUUAAUGGAGAGAUUCCCUCUGAGUUGGGUCGAAUUGUCAAUCUUGACACUCUAGAUCUCUCUGACAAUGAUUUCUCUGGUCCAAUUCCUGAUUCUGUUGGCGACCUUGAGCAUCUUCUCGUACUCAACUUAAGCAGAAAUGACCUUGCUGGACGUCUACCUGCUGAAUUCGGGAAUCUAAGAAGUGUUCAAGUCAUUGAUAUGUCAUACAACAAGCUGUCAGGAAAAAUUCCUGAGGAAUUGGGUCAGUUGCAGUAUUUAGAUACUCUGAUUCUAAACAACAACAAUCUGUAUGGAGAGAUCCCUGCCCAGUUGGCUAACUGUUUCAGCUUAACAUCCCUGAAUCUUUCUUUUAACAACUUUUCUGGUGACAUUCCUCUGUACAAGAACUUUUCAAGAUUUCCUCCAGAAAGUUUCCUUGGUAAUGCGCUGCUUUGUGGAAGCUGGUUACAAUCACUUUGCGGACCAACUUUUCAUCAACCAAAAGUCGCUGUUUCUAGAGCUGCAGUGGUUUGCAUCACUUUAGGGUGCAUUACACUGCUAACGAUGGUGUUAGUGGCAAUAUAUCGAUCCAAUCAACCAAGCCAAAUUAUCAAAGGAUCAAACCGAGAUAUCCAAGGUCCUCCAAAACUGGUUGUUCUCCAAAUGGACAUGGCCAUUCAUACAUAUGAUGAUAUCAUGCGACUCACUGAAAACUUGAGUGAGAAGCAUAUAAUUGGUUAUGGUGCUUCAAGCACAGUGUACAAAUGCAUGCUCAAGAACUCCAAGGCAAUUGCUAUAAAGAGGCUUCAUAGUCAAUAUCCACACAAUCUUCGCGAGUUUGAGACCGAGCUAGAGACUGUCGGUAGUAUUAGGCAUAGAAACUUGGUCAGCUUACAUGGUUACUCGCUCUCCCCCAAUGGGAAUCUUCUCUUCUAUGAUUACAUGGAAAAUGGCUCCUUGUGGGAUCUUCUUCACGGCCCAUCGAAGAAGGUGAAGCUUGACUGGGAAACACGACUGAAAAUAGCAAUUGGUGCGGCACAAGGGCUAGCGUACCUUCACCAUGACUGCAACCCGCGAAUCAUCCACAGAGAUGUGAAGUCAUCCAACAUCCUGCUUGAUGAGAACUUUGAAGCUCACCUCUCGGAUUUUGGCACAGCCAAGUGUCUCUCUCCUGCCAAGACUCAUGCAUCAACUUAUGUGCUUGGCACUAUCGGCUACAUUGAUCCAGAGUAUGCCCGAACGUCCAGGCUCACUGAAAAAUCUGAUGUUUACAGCUUCGGAAUCGUCCUUUUGGAGUUGCUCACUGGAAAGAAGCCGGUUGACAAUGAAUCCAAUCUGCACCAACUGAUACUGUCAAAGGCGGAUGACAACACUGUGAUGGAGGCAGUGGAUUCGGAAGUGUCGAUAACAUGCAUGGAUAUGGGGCUUGUCAAGAAAGCAUUCCAGCUUGCACUGUUGUGUACCAAGCGGCACCCAUCUGACAGGCCCAGCAUGCAUCAGGUUGCGCUAGUGCUGGUCACCCUGCUACCUGCACCAAGUUCAAAACCCAGCACGGCAGCCCCAAAACCGACGGACUACACACAUUACCUUGCAGCUGGUCCGGUCGUCAAGGCUAAUGCGAAGCAUGACAGCAGCAGCCUGUCUGACGGCCAGUGGUUUGUUCGAUUCGGGGAAGUCAUUUCAAAGAGCACUCUGUGAUUCUCUUACUGCAAGGAAAAGAACUGGUUCCUGUAAUUUUGUUGCUGUGAUGGUAAAUUCCGAAAACACAUACAACCUAGAGUACAAAAUCUUAACUUGUUCGGAUCAAUGGUCCUGUAGUACAUAUCAAGAAACUCUUCUUUGUUCUGUGUACUUUUGAGGUACAGGUCAUUGUUUUUGGAUGUCUAAUCUUGUGAAUGCCUUGAAUGCUCCUAUUUCUGGUCCACGAGACAUUCAUUAAUGAGUAUUCAGGGAAUCCAUUUAUGUGU